CCCCCCUCUAGGACAAUCGUACUUCCCUGCUCAAGAACGACGAAAAUAAGGAAUUUCUGCGCAUAUUUUUCUUCUGUUUUGUCAACUUUGCAGCUUUACUACGCUGCUUUCUCGAUAUAUCAAAUGUUAAGGCUUUACUAUUGGGAUAUGUGAGAUUUGCAAACAAUGAUGAACUCGGCCCUGACGUCAUCAGUGGCUAGUGCCAUGUCUGGUGCUGGUACGCUGACCAUCAAUACCAGCCAGAUGAGCACAGGUAUUCUCAGUGACGGCAUGAGUGAGCCAAGCUCACCUGAAAGCUCGUUUGAUGCCUCGGACCUAUUGGCUACUGGAAUGUCGGAUGAAAUCACAGUUCAGCUCGCUGCAUCUGGAACAGUUGGAAUGGCAGCAGCUGCUGCUAUUGCUAGUGGCAUUAGGAGAAAACCAAAGAGGCCACAUACUUUUGAAACAAAUCCUUCUAUAAGAAAACGUCAACAGACAAGACUUCAAAGGAAGCUGAAGAGGACUAUUGAGGAGUACACAACACGUGUAGGUCAGCAGGCAGUGGUAUUAUGUUGUACCCCAGGCAAAUCCUCAAACUCCCAUAACAACUACAAGGUGUUCGGAUCACAGCCCCUGGAGAAUGUGGUAAGAAGCUGUAAAGGUGUGGUGUUACAAGAUCUAGAAUCAACAUUAUCAGAACUACCGUCAAAUCAAGCAGAGACCAGUGGUCUGCAUGAGUUGCCUCCCUUGUCAAUCGAUGGCAUACCUACCUCAGUUGACCAAAUGACGCAGGCACAACUGCGGACAUUUAUACCCGAGAUGUUGAAGUACUCCACGGGUCGCAGUAAGCCAGGAUGGGGUAAGAUGGAGUGUAUUCCUGUAUGGUGGCCAAAAGAUAUUCCCUGGGCCAAUGUCCGGAGUGAUGUCCGAUCUAUGGAGGAAAAAAAGAGGGUGUCUUGGACAGAAGCACUGAAGACAAUGGUGAAAAACUGCUAUAUGCACCAUGGUCGAGAUGAUCUGCUCAACUUUUUCAAUGGUGACCAGGACCACAGUCAGUCAGCCUCCCAGACAAUGUUACAGACUAUCAAUAAUCCUGACGGCACUGUUUCUAUCAUACAAAUAGAUACAGGCCCAAACAAUGUAGUCACUCUUCCGGAUGGCACUCAAGCCACUGUAGUUAACACUGUCAAUUCGGCAUCCCAAUUGCCACAAGAGGCCACACAAGCCGUCCAGACCCUUGCUGAUGUAGUGGCCAGUAGGCAAGAGAUGCACCUCGGGACCAUGAACCCUGUACAGGUGGAAAUGAAUGUAGAGACAGUGGGGCAUGGAAUGGCAACUAUCUCCGACGAUGGCCAUAUAAUACUGACAGGAGAUAGCAAUUUAACAGGUACAGGUUUGAUGACUAUACCAGCCAUACCUGUGUCAAUGUACCAGCAGAUGGGCUCAGCAGUUACUUCCCUUGCCCAGCUACAACAGCAUGGAAGUAUACAGGUGAUUGCCAAACAGGAACCUGAGGUACUGGGUGACGUGGUACAAGAAGCAAUGUCAGAUCAGUGUGUUCAGGAGGUCGUUCACAUCAUACCAAACUCAAUCAAUAAGGACGAGAAGUUGACACAGUCCUGACAACACUCAUAACUGGGAAUUUUAAUUGCAAUAUUUAUUAUUUGUGUUAUUGUUAAACUGUAACUAUAGAUUUGAAUAUAGAUUUAAGUACAAUCAUGAACAUGUGUAGUCUUCACAUUUCUGUUAUAAAGUGAAAAAUGGGUAUGUCAAGUUUUAUUAAGUUACAGUAUUUUAAUAUUUUUGUUUUUAUUUGUAUAUAAUAUUAUGUUAACUUUGUUGGAUUUAACUUAUUUUUAAAUAUUAGAUGAAUCAACAAUUUUGGUGCAUUUCGGUUUAUUUGCAUUGAAUUCUGUGAUGUUAAAUACCUUACACCAGUAACCAUAACUAGGGCAAUAUGAUUUGGUUCAAUCUAAAGCAUGAUAAUGUUCCACUUAAAUUCAUUUUAUGUUAGCUCAUGUAACAAUGAUAUAACAAUAAUCCAUAACACGGUAGGUAUUUGUUGUGUUUAUAUUUGUGAUUCCAUAGCACCAUGAAAUCGAUGAAAGUUUAUACACGACAAUAAUUUCAAGUUCUACUGUAUUAAAUAGAGUAAUAAUUGUAUUACUAAAGUAUUGGCUUAAACAUUUGCUGUUCCAACUUUUUUGCAAUAUGUCAUUCCGGACGUUCUGUUAUUUAAUUAGAAGUCUUUGGCAAUUUGUUAAGACGAUAUUUCACAAAAAAAUUCAGUGGGCUGGCAUAUAAUUUGUCAUGCCACUUGCAUUGAAAUUUAAAUUGUGGCAUAGCAAAGCAAUAUCAAAGUUGUAAGAGGAGAUAACUCUGCCAUUAACAAUCUGAGUUAUUCAAAAAUACAUGAGAUACAGGCUUUCUUGGAAGAAAUCAUUUGUUUUAGUAAAAACAGUUACCUCCAAUGACCUAUUUUAUUUUACUUUCACUUCCAAUACUUCAACUGGCUGUAUUGUCAAAAUGUAGUUGAAAACUAAUAACACAUUAUUCGGUAUGUGGGUAUUUCUAUUUUAAAAACUGAACUGAUUAAAAGUAUGUUUUUAUAGGCAAAAUAAAGAAAUUAAUCGCCAGAAUAUGAUGAAGCUCUGUCCCCCUUCUAAAUGGAAUAAUCCAAUAGAUAGUGGUAUACAAUUUUGAAGAACUACUUUGAUCAUUAUAUCUGCAGAUGUUCAGCAAUGGAACUUUUUUUAUUUGCUUGCUUAUGCAAGUUACCCGGGUAAUUUCUUUUUUUAAUUACAUGUGAAAAGUUUUGGAGCAAUACCAGUAACUUCAGGCAGAAGUUUGAAGUGUCAAAGUUUGGAUUUUUUAUGUGGAUUUUUGUUAGCUGUCAUGUAUCAAUGAAUUUACAAAUCACACAUAAACCAUAGAUUGACUGAAAACACUUUGUACACAGCAUUAUCUUAAAUUAUUAUGCAGUAUUAACAAAUAUUUUUAUUGAAAUUGCUAUAGCAAAUAUGUUUGAUUUUAUUAUCCAUUUCAAAUUUGAUGGCAUUUCUAUGAUUUCUUUUUAAAUUAAAGUUGUAAGCUGUCUGUAUUAUUCAAGUUUUAAAAUUAUUUGUCAGCGUAGACAUGAUAUGAAGAGAAAGCUUUUAUACUUAACUUAUAUAUUAAACUUGGCUAAAUUCUGAUGGAUCAAUACAAUUUGAUAAUCGCAAGUGCACGUCUCUAAAACACAUUUACAAAUUGUAUUACACAUACAUGUACAUGUACUCUGCAUUUAAAUCUUGUCCAGCAUGAAUGCAUUCUGAUUUGUUUUAGAAUAUUAGUUUGUGAGAUAUAAAAAGCUUUCUAUAUGAAUAUAUGUUCAGAGAUUUUUAAUUCUUGAUAAACAAAACUACUAAAGAUUUUGCAAAGCUCUAUCUGGUAAAUGUGCUUUUUAAGAUUCACUAAUACAAUUUCUUUCCUUGAGUUUAAGACUUAGGUCAAUAUUACUAAUGAAAGAUGAACAGCUGGAACUGAAAAUAUAGAUCACAUCGCUUUCCAUGUCAUCUGAGCUUCUAAUAUUUGAAUCGGGUUUUAUCUUAUAAUAUAUUAAACUUGCCUGGAAUAAUCUUUAUAUGAUUCUGAUGAAAACUUUUUUUCAUGUCCAGUCUGAAAUUAAUGGACCAUCAUUUCUGCUAUCUCGAUAAGUCUGUGCUAAACGUCUUAUUUCCAUCAGUGCUAUUUAGCCAAAAAUUGAUGAUAAUGUUCAAGAUCUGAUGCAGUCAAUGGAUUGUUAUUGUUCAACAUAAUUGUAAAUUUGUCAUAGUUGCUAUGAAGUUAUUAUGUUGAGUGAAAAGGAAUUCCGAGAUAUUAAUAAAACAUACGCAAAGAUCUGUAUUGCUUUUGAAUGUACAUAUAUUUAUUUUGCAAUGCACAGGAAAUACCCUUAUGUUUUAUAAGCUUUGAAAUAAAUAGUAACUAUUAAUACCAGAUAGCCACAAUGCACUUCUAGCACAAUAUCUACAAACAUCAGAAAUGUUUAUUGUAACUUAUUUUCCUGAAUAUUCAUGUAGAGCAUUAAAGGAAAUUAUAAGUAUCAAUGUGAGCUUGAUAUAUUUUAAAAGCUAGUUCCAAUCCACUUUUUUACAUUUUUGUUAAAGUAUGCUCUUGAUCUACUAUUGAUCUAUCAUCAAAAUGACUAAGGAACAAUACUGCACUCUUUUCUGAAUAUCAAAUACUGAUUGUACACCAGAAUCAUUUUAUGGAAUACAUGUAUACAUAUUUUCUAGAUAUGCCAGAAUCUCUGUAUUUCACAUUUGGUUAAUAUGUUGCAUUAUCAUUACUAUUAAAAAUCAAAGAAUUGAU